AUUUGUGGAUUUGCAUUUUGCUGUUGUUAAUAAAAUUGGAAUAGUGAAAAAAACAAAACGUUUAUUACACGGUAUUUAGGUGUACACAACUCUGAUAAAUGGAUGUCUUCAGAAAAGGUCUCAUUCAUUGUAAGCGAUGUGUUCAUGUUUUUCGCCAAAAUGCGAUCGCUCGAAGUUUGUCCAGUAAGAGCUUAGAAACGGCGCCGCCGGUGGGCUGCUCGGCAGAGGCGGGCGACGGCGGCGCGGACGAGGCGGGCGCGCGCUGGGAGCGGCGCGUGGUGUCGGGCGUGCAGCCGACGGGCGCGCUGCACGUGGGCAACUACUUCGGCGCGGUGCGGCGCUGCGUGCGCCUGCAGGACGCCGGCGACGACCUCACUAUCUUCAUCGCCGACCUGCACUCGCUCACCACUAAACAGGACCCUCAGCAGCUCCAAGAGAACGUUCUCGACCUGACAGCGUACCUGCUAGCCAGCGGCAUCGACCCGGACCGGAGCACGCUGUUCGCGCAGUCGGCCGUGCCGCGCCACGCCGAGCUGUGCUGGCUGCUGGCGUGCCUGGCCACGCACGCGCGGCUGGCGCACCUGCCGCAGUACAAGGAGAAGGCCGCCGCCACCAAGGAGGUGCCGCUGGGGCUGCUACUCUACCCUGUGCUGCAGGCGGCGGACGUGCUGGUGUACCGCGGCACGCACGUGCCGGUGGGGCGCGACCAGCUGCAGCACCUGCAGGUGGCGGCGCAGCUCGUGCGGACCUUCCGCCACCGCUACGGACCGCUCUUCCCCACGCCGCGCCCGCUGCUGCCAGAGGAUGGCAGCGACAGGAUACUGAGCUUACGCGAUCCGAGUAAGAAAAUGUCGAAGUCGGACGCUGACCCCAAGUCGCGGAUACUGCUGAGCGACUCGGACGACGUUAUCACUAAAAAAAUCAGAAAAGCGGUCACAGACUUCACUCCACAGGUGACGUACGAGCCUGAGGCGCGGCCGGGCGUGGCCAACCUGGUGGCGCUGCACUGCCUGGCCGCCGACAAGACGCCCGAGGAGGUGGUGGAGGAAAGCGACGGGUUCACCACGGCGCAGUACAAGCGAGAGGUGGCGCGCGAGCUGUGCGCGACGAUCGCGCCCAUUCGCGAGCGGGCUCUACAGUACCGCGCGCGGCCGGCGCUGCUGCGCGACGUGCUGCGGCACGGGGCGGCGCGUGCUCGGCCGCGCGCCGACGACGUGUUCCAGCGCGCCGCCGAGCUCACCGGCCUCGCGCCCGCCGCGCCCGCCCGGGCCGCGCGCCUCGCACGAGGCUAACGACCAGCCGGACCACAAUGAGGGCUAUCGUUUUUAUACUUACCUAACAGUUGGCACCCCUGGUGAUUGACAGGACCUCACUCUACAGUGGCGCCAUCUUGAUGAGUGCAAAUGCGAUAGUCCUCCUCCUACCGCUUUAGAGCUCACCGGUUGGUGCCACUGUCUUCGCUCCUAGCAAGUGACAGGACCUCACUCUACAGUGGCGCUAACUGGUGAGCGCUAAAACGAUAGCCCUCAUUCGACUGGGACUGCGACUGUGACAUUUGUAGAACGUGCAAUAUCCUGGAACCCACUAAAGUUUAGCCCGCUGUCUUAGAUUAAUAAGGCCUAGAAUUAAAUGGAUAGUCUUCAUACAAAGGCAUCGUCAAAAAUGAGACAAAAAUCUUAUGUCAUUACUGUCAAAACGUUGUUAAAAAUUUGAGAUUUUUAUCUACAUUUAUCGUAAUAAAAUGUUAUUGUUUGUUAUUUAACAACUAUUUAAUAAGAAAUUUUAUUAAAACAAUACAUUUUCAAGUUUUAAAGUUGCCUCACUUUUCGUGCACUUACUAUCUAUAUCUAGGCUUUAUUAGUCUAUGCCGACGCAGGAGCUUAAAAACUCAAUAAACUCCCAGUGUAAAAUACUACUCUCAAAGAGUUCAUUUUAUUUCUACGCAUAAGCC